CGCCUCCUGCCUAUAAGAGUGGUGCGGCACUGCAGCUCCGCAGAUCUCACCGAGACCCGUGACCCCGACUCUACGUGAGACGUACAGCCCAAACUCAUCAUGCGCGAGUGCAUUUCAGUCCAUGUGGGGCAGGCAGGUGUCCAGAUGGGCAAUGCCUGCUGGGAGCUCUACUGUCUGGAACAUGGGAUUCAGCCUGAUGGGCAAAUGCCCAGUGAUAAGACCAUUGGUGGAGGGGAUGACUCCUUCACCACCUUCUUCUGUGAAACUGGAGCUGGAAAACAUGUGCCUCGGGCCGUCUUUGUGGACCUGGAGCCUACUGUAAUCGAUGAGAUCCGAAAUGGCCCAUACCGCCAGCUCUUCCACCCAGAGCAGCUUAUCACUGGGAAAGAAGAUGCGGCCAACAACUAUGCCCGUGGUCACUACACCAUUGGCAAGGAGAUCAUCGACCCAGUGCUGGACCGGAUCCGCAAGCUGUCUGAUCAGUGCACAGGACUUCAGGGCUUCCUAGUAUUCCACAGCUUUGGAGGAGGCACUGGCUCUGGAUUCACCUCUCUGCUGAUGGAGCGGCUUUCUGUUGACUACGGCAAGAAGUCCAAGCUGGAAUUCUCCAUCUACCCAGCCCCACAAGUGUCCACGGCUGUAGUGGAGCCCUACAACUCCAUCCUGACCACCCAUACCACCCUGGAACACUCAGACUGUGCCUUCAUGGUGGACAACGAGGCCAUUUAUGACAUAUGCCGUCGUAACCUGGAUAUUGAGCGCCCAACCUAUACCAACCUCAACCGCCUCAUCAGCCAAAUUGUCUCCUCCAUCACAGCUUCCUUGCGCUUUGAUGGGGCCCUCAAUGUGGACCUGACAGAGUUCCAGACCAACCUGGUGCCCUACCCUCGAAUCCACUUCCCCUUGGCUACCUAUGCACCAGUCAUUUCUGCAGAGAAGGCCUACCAUGAGCAGCUGUCAGUGGCAGAAAUCACCAAUGCCUGUUUUGAGCCUGCCAACCAGAUGGUGAAAUGUGACCCUCGGCACGGCAAGUACAUGGCCUGCUGCCUGCUGUACCGUGGAGAUGUGGUGCCCAAGGAUGUGAAUGCUGCCAUAGCUGCCAUCAAGACAAAGCGCAGCAUCCAGUUUGUGGACUGGUGCCCCACAGGUUUCAAGGUUGGUAUCAACUACCAACCACCCACAGUGGUGCCUGGGGGUGACCUGGCCAAGGUGCAGCGUGCUGUGUGCAUGCUGAGCAACACAACCGCCAUUGCUGAAGCCUGGGCCCGUCUGGACCACAAGUUUGACUUGAUGUAUGCCAAGAGGGCUUUUGUACACUGGUAUGUGGGUGAGGGAAUGGAGGAGGGGGAGUUCUCUGAGGCUCGAGAGGAUAUGGCUGCCCUGGAAAAAGAUUAUGAGGAAGUAGGCAUCGACUCCUAUGAGGAUGAGGAUGAGGGAGAAGAGUAGACAGCUACUUGGAGCCUGUUCACUGUGUUUAUUGCAAAAUCCUUUCGAAAUAAACAGUCUCCUUGCAUGGUUUCUUGUCCCCUUUGUAACUGCUUGAACCUCUGCUUGUCCCCCUUUCUGCUUUGGCUGCUAUCUCCCACUACUGGCCGCUUGUGACCUUUUAUUUUACCUUCACGUGGCUGACAGACUUGCCAAGGGGGCCCAACAUUGAGCCCCAGAAAGUACGAACCUAAGGACUUCAAUGUAAGGUCCUAAGGACGCCCAGGAUAGGAAAGAAACAAGGACCAAAUCCUGGACCUGUCUGUCUAGCUACAAGCUAUUGCAAGAUACAAGUCUUCACUUUUUGAAAUGUCUGAUAGUCUGUGUUGGAUGGCUGGACUACUUUAUUCUUCUUGCUGCUGCUUCACUCAACAGUUCUAGAAGCAAGGCUUGGCCCAGGCGUCAUUGAACACUGAGGAUUUGGGAAUGGGGGCUGGGCGGGCCCAAAGUUCCUGGGCAUACAGCCAUCUCACAAACUUGGGGGAUGGGCAGGAACAAGGGCAAUUUAGUUGUUUGUGCCACUGCACCUUUGGCAGCUUUGCAUAGCUUGCUGUCUAUCUUGCUUUCUGGGGCUGGAGCCAUGCUAUUAAAAGUCAGGUCGUCUCCCC